AUUUUGAAGGUGUUUGGUUUGAGAAUGGCAUGUUUCAAAUUGUAUGAAGUUCUUUUUAAGGUCAAUCUAAACAAGUUGAUUUGUGUAGUUUCUGUCCGAUGUCCUGCUGUCUGCUAAACAAUGUUGCACUUUAGAAUUAAACCUUGUCCUUGUACUUUUUUAUUCAUGAAUUGAGAUUGUAUCGGCUCAUUAAAGGCAGCCUUCUUAAAAUAUUCAGUAAGGUUGACUUUGGGAUUAGAUUAGUAUCUUGCAUUUUGUCAAGCCAUGGGAAUCGUUUUUGCUUUCUGCCUAGCCAUUUUUUUUUUGCUGGCAACAGGUGACUUCGCUAAUUCACUAUCCUGUGCUGAAAUACAGGAAAAGGGCUCAGGCUCUGCUUUCACAAUCGACGAACUAAAAACAUUGUCUAAAUUGGAAGCGGACGAUCUAAAAAGUUGCAUCGUUUUACUUGGAAAGGAGCGUUUGUCAACUGAACAAUCUUCAGUUAUCUGGAUGUCUUUAUUGGAUAUAUUUGGAUCAGCGGGUGAAAUACCUGAGGAAUAUAUAAGACAAUUAGGCUGGGUUAUUAAUGGAAUUCCUGCUGAACAUUUUAUGAACAUAUCGUUGUCUGAUGUUGAUACGAUUGCUUCAUUGGGAAAGUGCAAAGAGCUCAGUUCUGCACAGUUAUCAGGACUGAGGGAUGGGGUCGUCGAACAAUGGAAGGGAAAAGACAUAGACGAUUUUACAAGCUUCGACCUGAUAACUCUGAAGCAGAUUAUAUGCAGUUUCAACAGUUCCCUUUUACAGAUGAUCCAUCCAAUUUCUUAUAAAGAUGCUGCUGUGGAAUUGGCGACAUUGAAAAACUGUCCUUUGGAUGUCCUCCAGGUACUGGCCAGUCUAGCCACCAGCCCUGAUAGCUUUGGCAGUGCUGCAAAAUGGACAUCUGUGCAGCUAGCUAAUGUUGGAUGUGUAAUUGUCGGUCUUCCUUCUAUUAACGUCCUCCCGAAUGAAGCGAUGGAAGGAUUGACACCGCAAAUAAUCGACUGUUUGCCCCCUGUGACCCUUCAAUCAAUGUCAGAUGGACAGAUUUCAAGGUUUUCACCAGCGGCUGCGAGUGCACUUUCAUCCAGCCAGAUUUCUGCCUUGUCAGACAGCCAGAAAUACGCCCUGUCACAAGCUGUCGAUGGGGCAGUUGACAAGGAAAAGAAUGCAGCUUUAAGACAUUCUGUUGACAAGGAAUUGUACCAAAUUUGUAUUUUGAUCUUUUUCAACAAGUUCUUAAAGAGUUAGCAUGCUUAAAGCAUCAUGUUAUAUUACAAAAAAAUCUGUAGUUCAAAAUUAUUUAGAAUUUUCUAGAUCUAAUCAAAAUGUCUCUUCAAAUUUAACAUGUAAAAUUUAUAUAUAUAUAUUUUUUUUCAAGUUUAAAACACAUGAGUAAUAUUAUAAAAUACAAAUUUGAUUAGCGAUUUUUUUGAGGUUUGUUGUACUUAUUUGGUGGAACUCCAUCAUCAAAGGCUAAAUAUUAAUGAUGCCUUUAGUGCAAUUGUUUAAUUAAAUAGUUAAAACUAAAGGAUUUAUUGAUAUUCAAAAUAUUUGAUUUAUAAACAGCUUAUUUUAUCUAUACAACCAAAGGAUAUCUGAUGGUGAGAAAACUUAAAUUUUUUUUUAAAGUCAAAUUUCAUUUUAAGGUUAGUAAUUGUAAUCACUAUCUUGAACUUACAACUUAUUCUAAAAUUUUUUGAAGAAUUUCCAUUUUGGAUGUGUAUCAGACGAAAAUUUUGGGAAAAUGGCUUAAGGUUGAAAUGUAUUAGUUUUAUAAUUGUAAAUUUUUCUUCUAAGUACUUACUUUGUUUGUUGUCACCUGGAUUCUUAUUAGGAUGAUUAAAUUCCUGUUUUUCGAUUAUGUACAACCCUUGUCAUUGCAUUCUUUGAAAUGAGCUUUUAAGGCAUAUGCGGGGGAUCGACUUGUACAACAAUAUUCAAAUUUUGUGAGUACAAAAGAAAUGAUGUGUUUCGAUAAUGAAAGUUUGUGUAUUAUUAUAAAUACAUGCUAUUUUGAAAUUACAACUUGUGCUGGUAUCUUAUUAAUUCAAAAGAGCUUCCAUUCUCAUCAAAUACACGUUCUUGUUUUCUCUUUUAUUUUUUUUUUAAUGUUAUUGUCUGUUAAGUAUUAUAAAAAGUUUUUUUUCCACAUUUCCUUUUAGUAAACAAAAUAUGGGAAGAAUUAUAAUACAACAAGUUUUUGAGUUGUUGUUCACAGUUUUUCACUUUAUUACAAUUGCUUGAGUACAAAACCUUGUCAAUAUCAUUUUUAAGUUGCAAAAAAUGAGAAGAUUUAAACUAUUAAAUUGUUAUCUACAAGGAGAAAAUUCAACCAUGCUUAGUAAAUAAAUUUAAUGGCUAGUACUUUGCAACAAUAUUAUUUAUGUAGUUAAAUUAUACAUAAUCAAUUACAUUGCAUAUUUCGGCUUUGUAACAUCAAUUAUGUUUUUGUACAACCUAAUCAUGUAAUUUUUCACAAUUGCUCUUAUUCUUUUCCAAUUGAAAGAAAACAACAGAUUAAAGAGACUAUUAGUUUCAAGAAUUUCUUAAAUUGUAAUACAAUGAGUAAAAAUAUAGAUUUUACAUUAUAUAUAAUAUAUAUAUUUUAUUUUCAUAAAUUUCCAUAAAUACACUUUUCACAUAAGAUAAAAGAAAAUUGGCAACACAAUGAUCACAAUCUGUUGUUUUCCCCUAACUGUGUUCAACUUACAUCUUAUUUAUUAAUUUUUUUUUACCUAGCUUGGCUAAUCUUUUCAUCAUUAUUAUCAUAUGUAUACGUUUUAUAAUCUUAAUGCAUAAUAAUAUUGUAAGCAAUAAUGUACAUUUUUAAAAUUAGACUGUUUUUUUUUUGUCAAUUUGUAAAUUAAUUGGAUUUAUCUUGUAAAAAAGAAUAUAUAUAUGACAAUACCUUAUUUCAAUACAAAUGGCAAAAUGAAUGUGUUCCCAACAUCGCAUACUUUGGCUAUAGAAAAGUCUAUGUACAUAUCAGGGCACACUCACACUCAUUCUGGAACUUGAUAUGCAAGAGCAUUUAAGGGUUUUUUAGGAGGGCCCGGACAUCUAUCAACUUCUACAUAAAUUCAGUUUUGUCGAACAAUCCUCACGUUGAAAAACAUCAUAACGGUUUUAAAUAUAUAUUAUAUAUAAAUGUAUGCAGCUUACAAGCUGUAGUUAGAUAUGAUUAUAUUAUAUUUGUUUUGCUUAAUUAAGUAUUAAAAAACAAUAAUAAAGAUCAAGUUUGUUGUAUAAAAAGCACUUGUUAAUAAUGAGCGUUCAAACGAUAUUGUGCUGAUUCUAAUUCCAAUUCAAAAGAAAUCUUAUUUUCAAUAAUUCAUUUAUUUUAAUUCUGGUUAAAGCGCAUAUUAAUAAUAUGUUUGUGCAUGUGUUUUCUUUUUUUUUAAUAAAGCAAAUAGUGACUAAUAAAAUUUUUUUGUUAUGCCAAAUUUCUUGUUGCUAUAGCUCGCUAAUAGGAAUCUAUCCACACAAGCACCUCCUUAAUAACCUACAAUAAUAUCCCUUAGUAUCCUUUUUUUAUUUUCAAUUUUUGCUAAAAUGUAUACAACAUGUGAAAAAUCUACUCUUAUCUGUACUGUUAUGAUAAUUAGUCAUAAUAAUGUCAUUAUUAUUCUUUCCAUUUUUACAUGCAUCAAAUCAAAAUUUUUUCUUUACAAUUUCUAUUUUCUUUCUUUUCUUUUUUUUUCUUUCAAAAAAUAUUUGGUUUUUUUAAAAGAAAAUUACAUUUACAACAAUGACGAAAUGUCAAAUAAGAAUUCCACAUAUUUGGAUAAAAACAUACCCUGUAUCGAAGCAAGAAAUCGCAAUUUCAUUGCUAAUUUUUAAAAUGUAGUAUUAAAAUGUUUCUUUAUGGUUAGGAGACGAUGAUAGUGUCUAAUCCAAUGUCAAACUUAUACUUUUUUUAUGAAGGACAAAUGAUAAUAUGGGUGAAAAAAGUUUUUUUGUUUCUUUGUAACUCGAAUAAUGUAAUUAGACCAUGUGACAAAUUGCCCAAAUUAUAUUAGAUUUUCUUUUAUAUUUUUUAUAUACCUAUAAAUAUAAUAUAUAUUUAUUAACAAAAACAAAAACAUAACACUUGUUAUAUAUAAAUUUAGCACUUUGUGGACAACUUUAUCAUGGUCUAAAUAGUCAGAAAGGAGUUGCAAAGAUACAAUUACACAAAUAUAUAAUUAUAUAUAUAUGUUUCUUGUUGCAAAGAAAACGUUAAUCUGCCGUAUAUGGUAAAAAUAAUGACAAUAGUUUUACAGUAAUUUGCCUCUGGUGCGAUACUGCUUACAGGAGAAAAUAUCACUUUAUCAUCGUGUAAAGUUUUAGAGAACUUAUCUUUGUGUACAUAAUUGUUCAAUGCAAAGGACUUGGCGUGCUUUUUUAAUUUUUUUAAAAACACAAAUUUAUUCUGAUAUUGAUGACAACGACAUGUUAUAAUUUGUUAUUAUAAUUCAGUCUAAAACCAGAGAGGUUAAAGUUGAUGAGAAGCUCAGAACUAGCUUGAAGGAAUGUUAAUUAAUAUUUUCAUGAUUUGGUCAUGGAAUGCUUUCUAUGUGAUAAAAAUAUACAAAAUGAAUAGUCUCAUCCAAGAGAUUUUUGUUUGGUAUUUGACAUUUCCCCUUUAUUCAUAGUGAUUUGCUUUCUAAGUAUAAAACAAGUUUAUCCUAGCCAUAAAUAUAUUAAUAGCAUUUGUCAUCUGCGCAAAACCAUUGCACUUAUAUAUAUAUAUUAUUAUAUAUAAUAUAUAAUUUUCAUGUUUUAAUACAAAUCGAUAAUGUAACUAGUGAAAUGAAUAAAUAGCUUACAAGACUAGAUAAUAAUUACUUUUUAAAAAGCAGGAUAUUCUAAUGUAUGAUUAAAAAUAAAAUAUUUUUACUUUGUGUUAAUCAGUCAUAGAUAACAUUUCCAAUGGCUACUCCAAUAUUGGCAACUCUUUACUUAGCAUAUUGCACUUGAUUUUAUAGUUCAUGUUUAGUUAAAGUAAAAGUGAUAUAAAUCAAUAAUAAUUUCUAACACAAAUAAAAAAAAAGAAACAUGAACUCAGUUUAAUUUAUGUUAAAUUAAAACUAAACCUGGACUGCACCUUGUAAAAUUAACAAUACUUCUAGCACAAAUAUGAAGACCUACCCUCUAUUAUUUGACUAGUCAUGUACAUAUUUAAAUACAAUAAAUUCUUCAACAUUACAAUAUUUUGAGCUUUUGCCUUGCUCUCUGAAUUGUGCCUUUAUCACCGACCUCUCAUUUUAUAUCAUGCCACCAACUUUGUGACAUUUUCAUAACAUCUAAAUUUAGAGUUUUUUUUGUUUUUUUUUGUUUGUUUAUUUUUUUUUU